AUGUCUUUUGUGGGGAACGCUGCAGUCCUGGUGAGUGCGGGUAGACGCUUCAGCCAGCUCAAAGCUCCGGAACUGCUUACGGUGAAUCUGGCACUGACCGACAUCGGCAUGGCUUUGACCAUGUACCCUCUCUCCAUUGCCUCAACCUUCAACCACGCCUGGAUGGGGGGCGACCCGGCCUGCCUCUACUACGGCCUCAUGGGAAUGCUCUUUAGCGUCACCAGCAUCAUGACUCUGGCUGUGAUGGGAAUGAUCCGGUACCUGGUCACCGGUACUCCACCCAAGACAGGCGUGAAGUUCCAGCGGCCCACUAUUUGGAUUGUGAUCAGCGGUAUCUGGCUGUACGCAGGGCUCUGGGCGGUGCUUCCUCUGCUGGGCUGGGGCAGUUACGGCCCAGAGCCAUUUGGACUGGCCUGCUCCGUGGACUGGACCGGUUACGGAGAGUCCCUCAACCACUCCACCUUCAUCCUGGUGCUGUCCAUCCUCUGCACCUUUCUCCCCUGCGUCACCAUCUUUUUCACCUACUUUGGCAUCGCAUGGAAACUGCACCGAGCCUACCAGUCCAUCCGGACACAGGACUUCCAGUACGGCAACAUAGAGAAGAAAAUAACACUUAUGGCUGUGAUGAUCAGCGUGGGCUUCCUGCUGGCGUGGACCCCCUAUGUGGCUGUGAGCUUCUGGAGCAUGUCUCACGCUCGGAUCCAGGACAACCUUAACCCCUUCAUCACGCUACUGCCUUGCCUUUUCGCCAAGAGCUCCACAGUCUACAACCCUUUCAUCUACUUCAUCUUCCAGCGCUCAGCCAGGCGGGAUCAGGCGGGUCACAGAAAGCACCAGCGAGCCUGCUUCCACUGCUGCGGCUGCGGGUACUCGGGGACGCCAGAUAAUGCCAAAAGUGACGGAAAAAUGACCACGGAUUGCAACGGGAACGGCACCGACGCAACGAUGCUGGGGUUGAUGGGGGGGUCUGCGGGCCUAAUUGUGAACCAAAAUAGAGUGGUUGGUUUGUGGUCUUGGGUCUUGGCGUUCUGGUUAUGUGGUUUGUUCGGCUUUGUGGGUGGUGAACGUUUUUGGAUUGCGGUGGCGUGUCGCCUGAUCUGCUUUCUGCUGGUGUGGCGCGUUCUGCGGUCGCUUGGGCUCGGUUCCUUGUUGCGCUUGUGCUCAUGCCUCGCCGUGGUGUUUGGUUUGUGCGGGGGACGAUGGUGUCGUCGCGUUGCGGGUCGGGUGUGUCUUUCUUUUGUGCUUGUGUUCUGUGGUUUGGUGGUGUCGUGGUGUUUUCCGUUGUUGGCGUCCUUUGUUGAUUACCGCGUUUGGGUGGUUUCGGAUUUGGUUCCAGUUUUUCUCUUGUUGGUGGUUUUGGUGGCGUUCGGCUGGGGGCUUGGUGUGUCUCUUCUGCCUGGCUUGGGUCUUUUCGUUGCUGUGUUGUGUUUGGGGCUUCUGUUGGCGGUGGUGUUGUGGGGGUUCGGGUUUGACGAUUGUGCCUUGUGUUUUGCCCGUCCUGGGUGGUUGUUGUGCUUCUUCUGGGGUUGGGUGGUGCAGUUUGCUGGGUGGUGUUUUCAAGCUUGGUGGGCUGGGGGUGUGGUUUUGGUGUUUGCUUGGUGGGUGGCCUGA